ACCAGCAUCUCCACUGAGGGGCAUCAUUCGCUCCAUUGCCUUGCAAUAACAAACACCAAAACCUUCCAAAAUGAAAUCGUUCAUCGUGUUCGCUCUGUUCGUGGCCGCCGUCGCCGCCGCCCCCCAGCUGACCGCCGACGGUGCCGCCGAAAUCAUCGAACUCGAGAGCGACAACAUUGGUGUUGACGGAUACGCCUACAAAUAUAAGACCUCCAACGGAAUCCAGCAAGAUGAGAGCGGCCAGCUGACCGACGUCGGCACUGAGAACGAAGGCAUCUCCGUCCGCGGACAGUACAGCUACGUCGGCAACGACGGCCUCACCUACACCGUCACCUACACCGCCGGCAAGGAAGGCUUCGUGCCCUCGGGCGCCCACAUCCCCCAGGCCUAAGCCUGCAUAACCAACCCCAACAUCUAGUCCAAAAAUACUCAUCCCCUUAACCCAUCCCUACUUAUUCCUCUUUGUUAAAUCCAUUUCUGUGAUACGAUCCCGAUUUUUGUUUAUUUUGUUAAUAAACUAUUUUGUUUUAAUAAUUUAAAA